AAUUUGCUUGGCAGACAUCAUUCAACAACUUGAUUACAGCGAAAAGUGACAGAAUUGUAGUCUUCUAAUAGAAGUCGAGUUUUAAAGGGAAAAUACUUUUAAGGAUACUCUCCAAUUUAGUUUCGAAAAUGUCUCGUCAACUCAUCCACUUCGUUGCUGUAGCAAUUGCACUACCCGCCUGCUUUGCCAUCACAAUACAACCGCGUAGCUCUUGGAAUGCGGCAGCAGCUCGCUCGCCAGCGCGCAUUAGCGGCAAGGUCGACUAUGUUAUCAUUCAUCAUUCGGAUAAUCCGAAUGGUUGCAGCACACCAGCCGAUUGCAAGCGCCUAAUUAAGAACAUUCAGAGUGAUCAUAAGGGGCGUCGCAAAUUCAGUGAUAUCGGCUAUAAUUUCAUAAUUGCCGGCGAUGGCAACAUCUAUGAGGGACGUGGCUUCGGUUUGCAGGGAUCGCAUGCACCCAACUAUAAUCGCAACAGUAUUGGCAUUGUAUUUAUUGGUAACUUUGAAAAUACCACUCCUUCGCAGACAAUGUUGCAGAAUGCCAAAGAUCUAAUUGAGCAUGCAGUGCAGCAGGGCUAUUUGAAAGACAACUACACACUGCUGGGUCAUAGACAAACGAAAGCUACAGCUUGUCCAGGACAGAAAUUGUAUGAUGAAAUUAAAACGUGGCCACAUUGGAAGAGCAUUUAAAUGCUACAUACAUUCAUAGUAUGUGCCAGAUUUUGCAUGUGAAAUUAUUUCCAUAUCUUUGAAGUGGUUUGAGAGUACAUAUGUACAUAGUUAAGCCAAAUGAGAGUAAAUCAAAGUGAUAAUAAUUGCAUUGAAAUAUAUAUUUAUAAACUAAUAUUUAGUUGAACAAAGAUAA